UCAGGCGGCAGCAGUGGCUUCUCAGUGCUGUCUCGGCCAUGACACACAUCUAAUAUGCCCUCCCUUAACCCACUUGUAGACUGUCUGUCUUGCCCUGCAGCAUGGACCAAAGAGAGAUUCUGCAGAAGUUCCUGGAUGAGGCCCAAACCAAGAAAAGUAACAAAGAGGAGUUUGCCAAUGAAUUUCUGACGCUGAAAAGACUAUCCACCCAGUAUAAGGCAGAUAAAACCUAUCCCACAACUGAGGCUGAGAGGCCCAAGAAUAUCAAGAAAAACAGAUAUAAGGAUAUCUUGCCCUAUGACCACAGUCGAGUAGAACUGUCCAUGAUAACCUCUGAUGAGGAUUCCAGCUACAUCAAUGCCAACUUCGUUAAGGGAGUUUAUGGACCCAAGGCUUAUAUUGCCACCCAGGGACCUUUGCCUACAACUGUCCUGGACUUCUGGAGGAUGAUUUGGGAAUACAGCGUCCUGAUCAUUGUUAUGGCAUGCAUGGAGUUUGAAAUGGGGAAGAAAAAAUGUGAGCGCUACUGGGCUGAGCCAGGAGAAAUGCAACUGCAACUUGGCCCUUUCUCCAUAUCCUGUGAAGCUGAAAAUAAAAAAUCAGAUUAUACAAUCAGGACUCUACAAGCCAAGUUCAAUAGUGAAACUCGAACCAUCUACCAGUUCCAUUACAAGAACUGGCCAGACCACGAUGUGCCUUCAUCUAUAGACCCUAUUCUUGAGCUCAUCUGGGAUGUGCGUUGUUACCAAGAGGAUAACAGUGUUCCCAUAUGCAUUCACUGCAGUGCUGGUUGUGGAAGGACUGGUGUUAUCUGUGCUAUUGAUUAUAUGUGGAUGUUGCUAAAAGAUGGGAUAAUUCCUGAGAACUUCAGUGUUUUUAGUUUGAUCCAGGAAAUGCGAACACAGAGGCCUUCAUUAGUUCAAACUCAGGAACAGUAUGAACUGGUCUACAAUGCUGUAUUAGAACUAUUUAAGAGACAGAUGGAUGUUAUCAGGGAUAAACACUCUGGAACAGAGAUUCAAGCAAAGUAUUCAGUUUCUAAGCAAAAUCCUAAUCAAGAAGCAGAUUCUUAUUCUCCUAAUUUACCAAAAAGCAUCAUAAAAGAAGCAAAAGUGAUGAACCAACAGAGCAAAGGAAGAAUAAGGGUGAAAAGUGCAGAAGCUUCUUCCUUUGACCUCAGGAUUUCUGAAAUAAGUAAAAAGGAAGGGUUAGUCAUGCACCCUUCUAAACAGAGCAGUUCUUUAGAGUUUUUGGAGCUAAAUUGUGGUUGUAACAAAAAUGCUGACACAACCAUGAAAUGGGAGAGAAAGGUAUUCCCAAUAGCUGGGGAGCCUCUUCAGAAGCAUCAAAGUUUGGACUUGAGCUCCAUUUUGUUUGGAGCACGUCCUAACUCUAAACCUGUAAAUGCAGCAGGAAGAUGUUUUAAUUUAAAGGGGCCAAUAAUGCGGACCAAAUCAACUCCCUUUGAAUUGAUGCAACAGAGAGACACCAAAGAGUUGGACGUCGAGGAAAAUUUUUAUUUGGAAUCUCACCCACACAAUUCUUGUCUUGAGCAGGCUCAAAAAGUGAUGCAUGUUUCUUCAGCAGAAGUGAAUUAUUCACCAUCAUAUGACUCUAAGCAUCAAAUGUGCAAUGCCUCUAAUGCAAAGCAGCAUGACUCUGGUGCUUUUAAAGUACUUUCUUACAUGUCUUUAGUAGAAGAUCCUUAUUAUUCAUCAUUGUCUCCAAGUAGUGCUGGUUCUAAGAUGUCUCUUGAUUUACCUGAGAAGCAAGAUGAAACUGUUUUACCUUGUUCUUCACUGCCAAAAUCUUCUACAACCCUCUUUCCUUAUUACAAUUCACGUGAUUCUUUAGCACUGAAUCCUCCGACCAAUUUCCCCCCACCACUGACCCAAGAGACAGCAGUAGUAGCAACUUCUCCAAGAAUAAAUGAUGAAAUUCCCCCUCCACUUCCUGAACGGACACCUGAAUCUUUUAUUGUGGUAGAGGAAGCUGGAGAAUUUCCCCUGGAUGUUCCCAAAUCUUCAUCUUCAGCUGUGAAGGUAAAAAUUGGAACAUCACUAGAAUGUAGUAGAACAUCUGAAUCAAAGAAAUUUGAUGAUUUGAGUGUAAAACCCCAGAGUCCCAAAUCAGAUCGACACCAAGAUCGUUCUUCUUCCCUGCCACCUCCACUGCCAGAAAGAACCUUAGAGUCCUUCCUUGUUGCUGAUGAAGAUUGUAUGCAGGCUCAACCUAUAGAGACUUAUUCUGCUAGCUGUCCUAACACCAUGGAAAAUUCAACAUCUUCAAAACAGACAUUGAAGACUCCUGGAAAAUGUUUCACAAGGAGUAAGAGUUUGAAAAUUUUGCGAAACAUGAAAAAGAGUAUCUGUAAUUCUUCCCCAUCAAACAAGCCUGCAGACUCUGUUCAGUCAAAUAACUCCAGCUCCUUUUUGAAUUUUGGUUUUGCAAAUCGUUUUUCAAAACCCAAAGGACCAAGGAACCCACCAUCAACUUGGAAUAUUUAACACAACUUUGGAAAAUCAGCCGCAAGUGAAUCUGCAAAUGAAACUACUAGAAUACUGCUAGCUAGAAUAAGGGCUGUAUAUUCAUAAUAUCUACCAUGAAGAUAUGGUAAUGUGUUAAUAGCUUUUAAAAGCAAUAUGCAAAUAAAUGUCAGAAGUUUUACAUUUUCAUCUCAUUUACACUGGGUUGGAAAGCACAAAUAGGAGUUUGUCAUUUAAGCUAUGUAUAGAGAAUGCUGUAUGAGAAAGUUUUACAAUGGACUUAUUUUUCAUUUUUGGAAGUUAUUUUUAGUCUACUUUACUUUCCUACAUAAAUAUAAACUUUAAAAGAUUUGUAAAAAUUGCAUCUCAAUUAAAUGUCUAUAUUGUCAGAAGUUACCAUAAAAAAUGUUUUGAAAAAUCUUACCUUGUGGUUAUAGUACAAAAUUAUUGCUUGUGACAAUGACUAUUCCCUGGGAAUUAUUUUUGCCUAAAUGGAGUAUACAUCUUUCCAAGUGUCGUGGGAAACAAGAGUAGUAAGAAAAAGAAGUUAUAUUUAAAGAGAAUACAAUAUAUAUGUAAUGACAGUAAUCAGUUUUUCGUUUGGAUAUACCAAAUAACAAGAUGUUCAAGCACAUUCCUGACAAGCUUUAGCCAAUGUUAUUCAGUUACCAAAUCUAGAAGAAUAAUCAACAAAGUAGCUAUCUUUUGGUGGCAGUUUUUUUCAUUUCAAAGGUCCUAUAUAAACAUGUACAAUUUAUAUCCAACUAACUAGAGGUACUACUAGUUAAACAUUUUUUUCUAUAUGAAUAUGGAUCUGCCUUAUCUUAAAGUUGAUCUUUCAAAUCUAAUUUUAUGUAACAAAUAUGUUAGUGGGUAAUUAUUACAAAGGAUUUCUCUGACUUAUCCUAAUGACUUCACUUAAAGAGUUCAUAACUUUCUAAAAAAUGAAAUACUUAAACAGCAUUCGUUCUUCAAUAUUUUUCAUUAGGAAUCCCAAUGAAGGCACACACUGGAUGAAAUAUUACCUGUUUAUUGUAGUGUAGUGUACACAAGAAGUGCUCAAUAAACUUUUUGGUUUUUAAACUAACUUUAUAGUGUUCAUCGAGCUGAGUACUUUUCCAGGCA